CCGGAGUGGCCGAUGGAGACAUAGACCUCAGUCCUAGUGGCACAACGUUGCUGCAGGACGCGUUGUAUGUUCUAUCCAGCGAUGAAAUACGCCUGUCUCACCUACGAGGGGCUUCUAAAGACUGCGAUGACGACGAAGAGCCAGCACCCGAGGCCCAGAUGGCUGAGGUCAUCAGCAACCUCGCUCGCAAGACUUUGGUGUCCCAGGUUGUAAAGAAAAACAUGAUUGAAAAUGUGGUCCCCAUCUUCAUCAAGCUAAAACUGAAGUUAAAACAGCUCAAGUCUCCGUUAGUGCGAGAUCUGAUGGCUUGUCUACGGGAACUCAUGAAAGACUACAAAACUGAAAUAAAUGACAUCCUGGCAGCGGAUAAGGAGCUGGCAGCAGAGAUUGCCCACGACCUACAAUCCUCUAGGCUAGAAGAGGAGGACAGUGGAGACGAAGCUCCUAAACUGAGCGAUGGUGAGGUGCUAAAGAAAGCUAUGAUGGGAGUCGUAGCGCUAACGGAAGUGAGGAACAGUCUGAACAUAUCCAAUCAAAGAACCCCACAAGUCAGGCUAUCUCGGUUGGACAGUUCACCUGUAAACCCGCCCAAUGGAACUCCUAAAAGAACAUCUACGCAGCAGGAAUCCCCUGUGAAAAGAACAUCUGAGUCUAGCACUCCUGGUUCUUCUAAAUCAUCCCCGGGGACCAGUGAUGCGGUGAGCAGUAAACAGUGUUCCCCCACCACUGCCUCGGACUGUGAGCCUGCUAUGCGUGUCAGGUCUAGUAGGCUAUCUACCGGGUCCACUUGUAGCGAAGCAAGCACCAACUCCAGGACUAGUAGGAGCUCCAGGAGGAAUAAGAAGAAAUAGUCCUCAUUGUAUGUAUUUUUUUGUACAAAGUUAUAUUUCAACUAUAUUUUUUGGCCGCGUUUUAUAUGUCUU